GGUGAAGAGUAGGAGUGCCAAUGGGGCGUGGUGCUCGAGGGAAAAUUUCCCAAAAGUCCCGCUGCCGCCCUCUUUGCUAUCAAGAUGUGGCCCAAGCGUCUCGCUUGCUCUGAUCGUCCCCCAGAUCUGUCGUCACCGCAAAGGCUCUGUUUUGAUCGCUCGUCUUUGCUGCCUGGGCUGCUUUGCCCUCGAGAUACCCAAACUGAACCGUGACUGCCUGCGAGUCGGGCGUUUUCUGAAGCCAAACCAGCGUGUGAUGGGAUUGUCGUGAACCUUUCCCCCCUCCCCAAGUGUUCGGCAUCCUGCAAGCGGGGUACUUUUGACCCAGCGGUCGCUGAGCAGGGCAACGCCGUGUGAGGUGGUGUCUUUUCUUGUGUGCUGGAGAUAUAUUCACAAAGGCGCCGUGGGUCAAAAUGGCGAUGAAUUUCGUGACGUUCAACCAGGACUACAGUUAUCUGGCGGUCGCGACGUCAAAAGGAUUCCGGAUAUUUACGACCGAUCCGUUUGCCAAAAGCUAUGAGACCAAAGAAGGGAAUAUCGCCAUCAUCGAGAUGCUGUUCUCGACGUCGCUGGUUGCGCUGAUUCUGUCACCGCGGCGCUUGCAGAUCACCAACACCAAGCGUCAGUCGACGAUCUGCGAGUUGACCUUUCCGACGACUGUGCUGGCUGUCAAGCUGAACCGGAAGCGGCUGGUGAUCGUGCUCGAGGACCAGAUCUACCUUUAUGAUAUUCAGACCAUGAAGCUCCUGCAUACAAUUGAGACGUCGCCCAAUCCCAGCGCGAUAUGCGCUCUGUCGCCUUCCUCCGAUAACUGCUAUCUGGCGUACCCCUUACCGCAGAAAGCUCUACCCUCAACAUUCAAUCCGCCGUCACACGCCCCGCCGGGGACUACACAUGUGUCCCCGACGAGCGGGGAGGUCUUGAUUUUCGACACGUUGAAGCUGGAGGCCAUCAACGUGGUCGAGGCACACCGGUCUCCGUUGGCGUUUAUUACGUUGAACAGCGAUGGCACCCUGCUGGCCACGGCAUCGGACAAGGGGACCAUUAUCCGGGUCUUCUCGGUGCCGGAUGGUCACAAGCUCUACCAGUUCCGUCGAGGCUCGAUGCCCUCCAGGAUCUACAGCAUGUCAUUCAACACGACCUCGACGCUGCUGUGUGUCUCAUCAUCCACGGAGACCAUCCACAUAUUCAAACUAGGCCACCAGGGGGGCUCCUUAGACGCAUCGUCGUCGCCAUCCUCCUCGCUGUCCCCUCAGGAUCGGUCCCUCAGUCAUCCGUAUGACGAUGACGACCCCAAGGGCGAGAUGGGAAGCCCUGAUAUCUCCUCCCGGAAGCAUAACGGGACCCUCAUAGGCAUGAUUCGACGAACCUCUCAGAAUGUUGGCAGCACGGUGGCCGCUAAAGUUGGGGGCUACCUGCCACGCGGCGUCAGCGAAAUGUGGGAGCCUGCUCGGGAUUUUGCAUGGAUCAAACUGCCUAAACCAAGCCAGGGGCCUGGGGCAAACGGUAACACGGGGCCUUUGCGGAGUGUCGUCGCAAUGAGCAGCAACACCCCGCAGGUGAUGGUUGUCACCAGCGACGGUAACUUUUACGUGUUCAACAUUGAUCUUUCUAAAGGCGGAGAGGGGACUCUAACAAAGCAAUACUCGGUCCUCGAGACGAACGACCGAAUGGGAUACUCGGGGAUGGACUUUUGAGUAUCCCAGCUUUCCUAUCGAUGUAUUCACGACCUCCAGGCCUAUGAUCAAUUUUGGCCCACAUUCAAGUUUUUGUUUUUUGUUUUAUUUUUUUUUUUUUUG